CUCGCGGCUUACCUUGAUGGACUGGGAUGACGAGGACGCUCUGCUAGCCACUUCGUCCAAGGGCGAUGCUCUCGACUUUCUCAAUCUCGAUGCGCCAGCUCCGACAGAAACAGAAACGCCCCUCUCCGAGCUCAUCCGGCACUGGAUGAAUGAACGACACGCGCCGACCAUCCUUGCAGCACAGGAACAGCUCCUUGGCUUGUUGCUCGACCAUAUUCGGCGGCAGACAGACGCGGUGCAAGCCCUUCGUGGUCAUCCCUCCACCUCGGAAGAAGAGCACAUUCGGAUUAUGCUAGUCCAGACAGAGGUGGAACGCGUCAAGUUCAUCGUGCGCUCAUAUAUCCGGACGCGGCUCUACAAGAUUGAGAAAUACGCGCGGUUUAUCACCACUGACGCAGAGAUCCAGACGCGGCUGACAACGGCAGAAAAGGCGUAUGCAAGCAGCCAAGCACAACAUACGGAUCGGCAUCUGCACUAUUCCGUUUUACAAAGUCUGCCACCAGCCCAGGCUCACCUCGACGACCAGCCCAUCUUUGUCCCUCCCAUGGUGACACAGCCCAACAAAUCUCGUGCCGUGUUCGCCUAUGCACUCAAAGAAUGCCCGCCUGUCCGAUUGCCGGAUGGCACGACCCUCACCCUGGAGAAAGAUCAGCUUACGCUCGUCCCGUUCUACGUCGUAGAGCACCUAGUAGAGCGAGGAACUGCAGAACUGGUCUGAAAGUAGAAUAUACGUGUACUGUACCAUAUCACAUUAAUGCUAGCGUCUAGGCAUGAACGGCUUGUCGUCUCCAUCCCAGUCAUCGUCAUUCCCAUGGCCAUUCAUCGUUUGUUCUUCCUCUUCGUCUUGCUCUUCCUGUUCCUGCUCUGGCUCUGGUUCCAUCACAACGUCCUUCACCUCCUCUUGCUCCUUCACUACGACCUGUUCCUCCUCGCCCUUCUUCUUUCUCCUCCUCUUCGUCGGUGCCCCCUCAGGCCCCCUAUCCUUCGCUGUGGCACCCUCCUUCUUCGCCUUCCCUCUCUUCCUCUUCCCACCCUCAGUCGGUCCUACAUCCAUAUCAAUCGUCCCACCCGCCGAAGGGUCCGGCACGCCCUCCACGAUCUCCUUCAAAAAGUCCAACAU